AUGCCUCCUGUUGCCAAGCCUUCCUCCACCCACUAUGACAUGGUCGUCAUCGGUGGUGGAUCCGGUGCCAUGGGUGUUUCGCGCCGUGCUGCGGCUUACGGCAAGAAGGUGUGCGUCAUCGAAGAGGAUGGUCGACUCGGUGGCACCUGCGUCAACGUAGGCUGCGUACCCAAGAAGCUCAUGUGGCACGCCGCUGAUAUGGCAGAGCAUCUCAAGGAGGCUCCCGAGUACGGAUUCGGCGAUGUCGUCAACAAGCCUAAAGUUCCCGGUUUCUCUUGGAACUACUUUGCCGAGAAGCGUGAUGCCUACGUUCGCAGACUCAAUGGUAUCUACGACAAGAACCUCGACAAGGACGGCGUCGAGUAUUUUUCCGGUCACGGAAAGUUGACCGGCAAGAAUGAGGUCGAGGUGACCAUGCGCGGUGAAGACGGAAGCUUCAACGCUGGAACCUACAAGGUCACGGGCGACAGAGUGGUGAUUGCUACCGGCGGUCGACCGAUCAUUCCUAGCGAUGACAAGAUUCCAGGCGCUUCGCUCGGUAUCAACUCGGAUGGAUUCUUCGAGCUCAAGGAACAGCCCAAACGUGUCGUCGUCGUCGGUGCUGGUUACAUCGCCGUCGAGUUGGCCGGCGUCUUCAAUACGCUCGGAUCCGAGACGCAUCUGCUCAUCCGUCACGACACCUUCCUGCGUCCCUUCGACCCCAUCAUCUCGGAGACGCUGCAGGACUACAUGUCCAAGACGGGCCUCAACGUCCACAAGCAGACCAACAUCACCAAGGUCGAGGGCACAAAGGGUGGGCCGCUCACCAUCCACACCGACAAGGGCGAUCCCAUCGAGGCCGACUGUCUCCUCUGGGCGAUCGGUCGACGACCCAACACCGACAACCUUGGACUCGAGACCGCCGGAGUUGAGCUCGACAAGGCAGGCAACAUCGUCGUCGACAAGUACCAGGAAACCAACGUCCCCAACGUCUUCGCCAUCGGCGACAUUCAGGGUAAAGCGCUGCUCACCCCCGUCGCCAUCGCAGCAGGAAGGAAGCUCUCCAACCGUCUCUACUCGAACCACCCUUCGCUCAAAGACGACCACAUGGACUACGACAACAUCCCCACCGUCAUCUUCUCCCACCCGACGUCCGGUACCGUCGGUCUGAGCGAAUCGGAAGCCGUGGAAAAGUACGGCAAGGACAACGUCACGACGCACACGUCCAAGUUCACCUCGAUGUACUACGGAAUGUUGGAGCACAAGGCUCCGAGUGCAUUCAAGAUGGUCGUGGGACCGGAGGAGAGGGUGGUGGGAUUGCAUAUUGUCGGACUGGGUGCGGAUGAGAUGCUGCAGGGUUUCGCCGUGGCGGUUAAGAUGGGUGCCAAGGUCAAGGAUUUCCAGGAGACGUGUGCCAUUCACCCGACCAGUAGUGAGGAGGUGGUGACGAUGGUGCCUACUACCAAGAAGGCGUAG